CCGAGCACCGCGCUGCUGCUGCUGCUGCUGCUGCUGCCGCCGCCGGACUGGAGCCCGUCUGUCUCGCGACUCCCUGACGGAUAAAAAGGCUCGAGCUGUUAGACAAUACCGACACGCGCGCGCGCGCUGGAAAUGCGAACCGACUCCUUUUCAUUGACGCUGCGCGCGACGCCGCGGGACGCUGCUGACGGUUCUGCCGAGACUGCGUUGCGCGCGUGCAUACGGGAAGAGUGUGUGUGUGUUUGUGUGUGCUAAAGCGGCAGUGUGAUUUGGAGUGUGGGAGUGUGUGAGUGACGGAGUGUUUGGGACACUCUGUGAGAGUGUGAUUGUGUGAGUGUGUGUGUGUGUGUAGGUGUACGCAGACAUGGAUGAGAACGUGUACCAGUCCUUAUCUCGUCCUCGGAUGGAGCUCAGCUACUCCAGCUCUUCUGAGGAAGAGGACGAGGCCAGUCUUCGUCACAAACACUACAGAGACUCUCGCGCUCACUCACACACUCACACGGAGUACGAACCCGACCGCAGGUUCACCUACAACAGCCACAAAGUGCGCAGGAAACCCCACGACAUCACGGCCAAGGAAUCGGCUGCUUUUCCCGAUUUCCAAACCGAACUCCACUCGGCCAAUCAGGAGCUUGCGUACCCAGGCGGCGGCUCGCUGGGCGUGGCCUCAGAUCCUGAAUCGGUGGGAGGAGCUUCACCUGACCACGCCCUCCGCCUGUGGAUGCAGGAAGUGAAGUCGGAGCGAAGUUCUCGUGCCUCGAGCCGGGCGAACUCGCUCCUCUCUCUCACUGACACGGAGCAGGAGGGACGGGGCGAGCAGGAGAACGACAACGAUCUGCCUUCCAGUCCUGUAGGUCGCUUCUCCUUCCGUCCUCUUCCUCCUCCUCCGCCGCCUCCUCACGCGUGUGUGUGUUCGCCCACAUCCGGCAUUCCAGAUCCGAUCCAGAGGAACACACUCCCGACCAGGAACCACCAGACCGAGAACAAAACGCAGCAGGACAAAACGCACAACACCUGGGCUCUGAACAGCAACAUACCGCUGGAGACCAGGCACUUCCUGUUUAAGCACGGCUCGGGUUCAUCGACACUUUUCAAUGCGACCAAUCAGAACUACCCUCUGACCUCCAGUACGGUGUAUUCUCCGCCCCCGAGGCCGUUACCCAGAAGCCCCAUCUCCAGGCCGCUGUUCUCCUUCAGUAAACCGUACCGCUGCUGUAACUGGAAGUGUACUGCGCUCAGCGCCGCCGCCGUCACCGUAACACUCGCCCUGCUGCUCACAUACGUCAUCGUAGUACACUUGCUCGGUUUGCCCUGGACUCUGCGCAGGUUGGAGUUGUUUGAGAAUGGACUGAGUAAAGCAGAACCCACACAGGAGGGAACCGACUUCACUGUCGUCGACCUGCCAGGAUUCAACACCACCCAGAGAGAUAAGGAGGUGUGGCCUCGUGGGCGGGGCUACGAUGUGGGCGAGGUUGAGGUCAAAGGUCGGCUCCUCCAGGUCAUUCCACCCAGCAACUUCUGGAGAUUCAGCAUGGCUCUGCAGCAUCCGGAGUUCAUCCGAUUUAACGUCUCACACACACACACUGCACUGCUGGGCAUCUAUGGCCGGAGGAACACACCGCCCACACACACACAGUUUGAUUUCGUGAAACUGCUGGAUGGGAAGCAGCAGCAGGAUGGACGGAGCGUUGCCAUGGCGACUGUGUUUAUGGAGUAUCUGGAUGCGGGGACGUGGCACAUCGGUGUUUACAAUGACGGCAGAAAACCAGAGCAGGUGAAGGUGCAGAGCACGGCUGUAGAAAUGAGCGACGGUUGUUCCACGAACUGUAACGGAAACGGAGAGUGUGUUUCAGGUCACUGUCACUGUUUCACCGGUUUCCUCGGACCAGACUGUUCAAAAGACUCAUGCCCGGUGUUGUGUAGCGGUAACGGCGAGUAUGAUAAAGGUGUGUGUGUGUGUCACGCCGGCUGGAAGGGAGCGGAGUGUGAAGUGGAGGAUGGACAGUGUAUCGAUCCCACCUGCUCCAACAACGGAGAGUGUGUUGAUGGAGUGUGUGUGUGCGCACCGGCCUUUAAAGGCAACAACUGUGAGGAAGUGGACUGCAUUGACCCCACAUGUUCAGGUCGAGGUGUGUGUGUCCGUGGGGAGUGUGUGUGUUCUGCCGGAUGGGGUGGAGAAAUGUGUGAGAAUCCUCUCCCGGUCUGUAAGGAGCAGUGCUCGAGACACGGGACGUACCAUUCCGAAACGGGGGUGUGUGAGUGUGAGCAGGGCUGGACCGGAACCGACUGCUCUACAGAAGUGUGUCCUGUGCCAUGUAGCACCCAUGGCAUGUGUGUCGGUGGGCGGUGCCAGUGUGAGGAUGGGUGGGCGGGGCCAUCCUGUGACAGACAGGCCUGUCAUCCAAUCUGUGAGGAGCAUGGGGAGUGUAAAGACGGGCAGUGUGUGUGUCACGCCGGCUGGGAGGGAGAACACUGUACUAUUGCUCAUUACCAGGAUUUGCUGGAUAAAGGUGUGUGUCCAGGUCUGUGUAACAGUAACGGCCGGUGUGUCCUCGGCCAGUUUGGUUGGAGAUGUGUGUGCCAACCCGGCUGGAGCGGAGACGGCUGUAACAUCGUCAUGGAGACACAGUGCGGCGAUAGCAGCGAUAACGAUGGAGACGGCCUAGUGGACUGUACAGACCCGGAUUGCUGUGGUCAGCAGGUGUGUGUGAACUCUGCGCUCUGUCAGGGGUCACCUGACCCUCGUGAUAUCAUCCAGCAGAUCUCAGCCUCCGUUAGGCCACGCCCACCAGCUUCAUUUUUUGAGCGAGUGCGAUUUCUUGCCGGGAACACACACACCCUGCCAGGAGAUGUGCAGUGGGAUGGCAGCCGUGUGUGUGUGAUCAGAGGUCGUGUGUUUGCACCUGAUGGAACUCCGCUGGUUGGUGUGAACAUCACAUUUCAACAGAAACCAGAAUAUGGUUUCACACUCAGCCGGCAAGACGGCAGUUUCGACCUGAUGGCUGUAGGGGGCACAUCCGUGACUCUGCUUUUCCAGCGAGUGCCUUUCCUCCCUCAAUCUCGUUCCGUCUGGUUGCCAUGGAAUCGCUUUGCUGUCAUUGAGCGGGUGAUGAUGUCACGGGUUGAGGCUCCUCCCCCCACGUGUGAACACAAGAACCUGGUUGGCCCAAAUCCUGUUGUUCUUCCCGCUCCUCUCACACAGUUUGCUGGACAGUGUGAGGAAAGAGGACCUGUCAUACCUGAGCUGCAGGUGGUUCAGGAGGAUAUAGAGAUGGCAGGAAGUUUUGUGAAGUUGAGUUACGUGUCGUCCCGCGCUCUGGGUUACCUGUCUGUCCUGCGUGUGCUCCUGACUCCGCCCAUCAUCCCGCUGGGGCUGCUGAAGGUCCACGUCUCCGUGUGUGUGGAGGGGACGCUGGUCUCCAAAUCGUUCGCCGCAGAACCGAAUCUGAGCUACGUCUACAGCUGGAACAAGACAGAUGUGUACGGACAGCUGGUCAGCGGCCUCACGCAUGCACUCGUCUCUGUAGGGUACGAGUACGAGGUGUGUCCGGACUUCAUCCUGUGGGAGGAGUGUGUGGUGGAGCUGCAGGGAGCCGAGCUGAUCUCAUCGCAGCUGGGCGGCUGGACGCUCGACAAACAUCACACACUGCACGUGGAGAGCGGAAUCCUCUAUAAAGGGGAUGGGGAAAACGUGUACAUUUCCCAUCAGCCCCUGCUCAUCUCCACGGUGAUGGGGACAGGGGCGGUUCGUCCACUCGCAUGUCCGAGCUGUAACGGCCCGGCGGCCAAUCAGAAGCUGUUCUCUCCGGUGGCGUUAGCGUGCGGAUCAGACGGGAGCGUUUACGUCGGAGAUUUCAACUUCAUCCGCAGAAUCUUACCGAACGGAGUCAGCGUCAAUCUGCUCGAGCUCAGGAAUCGAGAUAUCAGACACAGUGGAGGUUCUGUCCAUCAGUACUACCUGGCGGUGGAUCCUGUAAGCGACUCGCUGUACGUAUCAGACUCAGUGGGUCUGAAGCUGCUGCGUCUCAUUUCCGUGAGUGAAGUGCGCGAUGUAGGGCGCAACGCAGAGGUGGUGGCAGGAACCGGAGAGAAGUGCACUCACUUCAGCCUGAAAGAGUGUGGAGAUGGAGGCAAAGCCAUAUAUGCCUCGCUCACUACUCCUAAAGGCAUCGCCGUGGACAAACGCGGCUCCGUGUUCUUCGUGGACGGGACGGCUGUUCGGAAGCUCGAGAACGGCAUCAUCACCACGGUGAUCGGGUUGAACGCUGUCACGGCCACUCAGCCAAUCAGCUGUGACACGUACAUGGAUGUCAGUCAGGUGCGUUUCGAGCGUCCCACAGACCUGGCGGUGAAUCCUCUAGACAACUCCCUCUAUGUUCUGGACAACAACGUGGUCCUGCAGAUCACAGAGGCGGGGCUUGUCAGAACGGUUGCUGGGAGACCAGACCACUGCCCCACCCCGGCUGCCUCGGAUCCAAUCAGAUCGGCCUUACGUGUUGCCCUUGAAGGCACUAAAGCCAUCACGGUGAGCCAUCAGGGGGCGCUCUACAUCAGCCAGACGGACGACAGGAAAGUCAAUCGUAUCCAGGAAGUGAACAUCAAUGGAGAGAUCUCGGUCAUCAGCGGGGCGAUCAGCGAGUGCGACUGUAAGAUCGAUCCUGACUGCGAGUGCUUCUCAGGCGAUGGUGGUUACGCUCGUGAUGCAAAGUUAAAGUCCCCGUCGUCUCUGGCCGUGUCUCCUAACGGGACCCUGUUCGUGGCGGACGUGGGUAACGUUCGUGUCCGCGCGGUCACGCCUUCUCGCCCUCGCCUCUCCUCCUCAUCCUCCUCUUCCUCCGCUCGUCUGUUUGAGAUUCCCUCCAUCUCUCAGCAGGAGCUCUACGUUUUUGCGGCUAACGGUUCGCACCUGCACACGCGCUCUCUUGUCACCGGACACUUCCUAUACAACUUCAGCUACACAGGGGCGGGGCUUCUCAACUCCGUUAUGGCCGCCGCCCCCGACGGCGGCGUUGUCACUGUAAGGCGGGACUCCAGCGGUGCGCCGCUCUGGUUGGUUGUCCCCGGUGGGCGGGUCUACUGGCUGACCAUUAGCAGUGUGGGAACCCUGAGGAGAGUCUCCGCCCUAGCGCAUGAGCUGGCUCUGCUCAGUUACCACGGCAACACGGGACUGCUGGCAACCAAGAGCGAUGAAAACGCAUGGACCACCGUCUACGAGUACGACAACGACGGUCACCUGAUCAACGUGACCUUGCCGACGGGAGAGGUCAGCGGUUACCAUGGCACUAUGGAGAGGUCGGUCAGGGUGGAGUGCACUUCAAACCGAGGGCACUUCGUGACAAUCACUAACCACUCCGAGGACAGCACGGCGUACACUCUGCGACAAGGUCAUGCGACGAGUGUGUACCGUGUGAGCGGAGACGGCUCUCUGUCCGCGACGUACUCCAGCGGAAUGGACGUCACCCUAAGCACGGAGCCCAACAUGGGGGCGGGGCCGUUGCCGGGGCUGUUGCCGGGGGCGAUCCACCCCACGGUGGGCAGGUGCAACAUCACGCUGCCGGGAGAACAGAGCUCGAGUCUGAUCGAGUGGAGGCAGAGACGAGAGCAGAGUCGAGGGAACUACAGCGCGUACGAACGCAGACUGCGGGCUCACAACAGGAACGUGCUCUCUAUCGACUACAACCAGGCGACUCGCGUGGGGAAGAUUUACGACGAUCACCGCAAGUUCACGCUGCGCGUUCAGUACGACGAGCACGGCCUCCCGGUGCUCUGGACCCCCAGCAAAUACAGCGAGGUGAAAGUGAGCUACACCACCACGGGCCUCGUCUCCGUCAUCCAGAGAGGGAACUGGAGCGAACGCAGGGACUACGACAACGGCAGGCUGGUCAGCCGCACCUGGGCCAACGGCAACACCUGGAGCUACACCUUUAUGGACAAGUCCAUCCAGCUGUUGCUUCAGAGUCAGCGUCGCUACACGUUCGAGUUCGAUCAGAUGGACCACCUCCUCUCCGUCACUCUUCCCAGCAUGGUGAAACACGGCCUGCAGACCGCGCUCUCCAUCGGCUACUACCGCAACACCUACACGCCCCCUGAUGGCUCCGCCCACUCCAUCGUUCAGGACCACGCCCACGACGGACGCCUCCUGCAGACGCUGUAUCUCGGCUCGGGCAGGCGUGUCGUGUACAGAUACGGCCGAGCGGCGCGACUCAGCGAGGUCCUUUACGACUCCACGGUCGUUAGCUUCACCUACGACGAGGCGUCCGGCGCUCUGAAGACCAUCCACCUGAUGCAGGAAGGCUUCGUGUGUACGAUACGAUACCGGCAGACGGGUCCGUUAGUGGGAAGGCAGAUCUAUCGUUUUAGCGAGGAGGGUUUGGUGAACGCACGCUUUGACUACAGCUACAACAAUUUCCGUGUCACUAGCAUGCAGGCUAUGAUCAACGAGACGCCGCUGCCCAUUGACCUCUACCGCUACGUGGACGUGUCGGGACGCAUUGAGCAGUUCGGGAAGUUCAGCGUGAUCAGCUACGACCUGAACCAAGUGAUCACCACACACGCUAUGAAGCACACCAAGAUCUACAACGCUAACGGACAGCUCAUCGAGGUCCAGUACGAGAUCCUAAAGUCGAUAGCCUUCUGGAUGACGCUGCAGUACGACGGAGCAGGACGCGUCAGUGCGUGUGACGUCCGUGUGGGUGUCGACGCUAAUGUCACGCGCCACGCUUACCGUUAUGAUGCCGACAGCCAGCUGGCAUCGGUUUCCAUUGACGACCGUCCCAUGUGGCGCUACGGCUACGACCUGAAUGGAAAUAUUAACCUGCUGAGUCACGGUGACGUUAACGUUAAUGGACGGCUAACACCUAUACGCUACGAUCUCAGAGAUCGCAUCACGCGCCUUGGAGAUGUCCAGUACCGCGUAGACGAAGACGGAUUCCUGCGCUCACGUGGCACUCUUGUGUUCCGUUACAGCGCUAACGGUCACCUGCAGGGCGCGCUCGAUCGACAAACAGGCCGCCGCGUCUCUUACCGAUACGAUGGACUCGGAAGACGGGUUUUUACACAAACAAGUGACGGGACACGGAUUCAGUUUUUCUAUGCCGAUCUGACGGAACCGACGCGCGUCACGCAUCUUUACGAUCACGGCGCUUCCGAGAUCACGUCGCUCUACUAUGACCUCCAGGGUCACCUGAUCGCUAUGGAGAUGAGCAGCGGCGAGGAGUUUUACGUGGCGUGCGACGUGGCAGGGACGCCGCUCGCCAUUUUCAGCAGCCGAGGCACCGUGGUCAAAGAGAUCCGCUACACGCCGUACGGAGACGUCUACCGUGACUCGAACCCAGCCUUCACGCUGCCUUUCGGGUUCCACGGAGGGCUCUACGACCCCCUUACACGGCUCGUCCGCAUCGGGCGCCGUGACUACGACACAGUCGCUGGGAGAUGGACAACGCCCAAUCACGACCUGUGGGCGGAGAUGAGCGAAGAUCCUAAACCGUUCAACCUGUACGCGUUCAAGAACAACAACCCGUUAGGCAACGUUCAAGAUGUCACCAAGUUCACAACAGAUGUUAGCAGUUGGCUGCAGCUGUUUGGCUUCCAGCUCCAUAACGUUGUUCCCGGCUUUCCCACGCUGCCCGUGGAGAAAACCCAACACACAUACGAGAUGAUGAACACACAGGCACGAACACACAGCUGGGAACCGAGCAAGGUGGUCCUGGGAGUCCAGUGCGAGCUUCAGAAGCGUCUUCAGAGCUUCAUCUCGUUGGACCGCCUCCCCAUGAGCUCGGCAAAUGGGAAGCCAGGAAGCAGGCAUAUGCUCCGCCCCCGCUUCUCUGCCCUCUCCUCCAUCUUUGGUAAAGGUGUGAAGUUCGCUAUCCAUGACGGCGUUGUUGCAACAGAGAUAGUGGGAGUGGCUAGCGAGGACGGCCGUCGCGUGGCCUCACUCCUGAAAGGCGCCAUCUACUUGAGCGAUCUCCACUUCACCGUUGCUGGACGUGACACACACUAUUUCUGCAAGGCUAGCUCUCUCGAGGCAGACCUCGCCGUGGUCGGAGUUGGGGGCGGAGCCAGAGUGCUGGAGAAUGGCGUCAAUGUGUCGGUUUCACAAAUGAGCGCAGUCAUGAGUGGAGAAACGCGGCGAUUCGCAGAAAUCGUCCUCCAGCAGGGGGCGCUGAGCCUGCACGUGCGUUACGGAGCGACGCCGGAUGAGGAAAGAGUGCGCGUGAUCGAGUCUGCGCGAGCGAGGGCUGUGCGCGCGGCGUGGCUAAUGGAGCAGAGACGGGUGCGGGAGGGAGAAGGCGGAGUCAAAGCGUGGACGGAGAAAGAGAAGGAGGAGCUUCUUUCAGAGGGUCGUGUCACGGGUUACGACGGAUUUUACAUCCUACCUGUCGAACAGCAUCCUGAACUGGCUGAUAGUCCUUUUAAUGUACAGCUAAUCAGACAGACUGACGCCGGGCGUAGGUAACACACACACACACACACACACAGAAACACACACACAACAGUUCUCAACUUACUUUCCAGGAUGUUGCCAAGACAAAAUCAAGAAAGACUUCUUUGACUCUGGAAUGUGAUAAAAUGAUGUAUCAUUGCGUUAUUUAAGGAAGUGCCCUGUUUGCAAGCUUUACAUUUAUUCUUUUUGUGUUAAUGUUUGAAUUGUGACGCAAAAAGCCUUCUGUUUUGACCCGAAAAAGGUCUCUGCUUUCGUUAUUCUCUGUGGUGAAAAGACAAGAAAACGGCCCUUGUGAAUAUUCGGAAUAUCCCGCAGUCUUUUUAGGAAAAAAUUUCAGCGAGUGAUGAGUGCUACUUUGCAUAGAAACGAGCUCUGUGGAUGAAAUGCUGAUCUGUCUUUGCAGAAAUUUAAAUAGACAUUAAAAUGGACAGAGAACUAAAACUUGAGCUUGCGCUUCGGAAAACUUGAGGAUAUUCUCCGGAAAAAACAUUAUCUUUCAGCUUUCUUGGAUUCAGACGCCUUGGAUGGAGCCUUUUAAUGGACAUCUUGGAUUGGAAACGUCACGUACCACACGUUCUGCACGGCCCGACGGCAUUCUCUCACUCCAGUGGCCUUCUAGAAGCACCUGUUUAAGAGGCAUUCCACAAUCUUCUGUUUCAACAACAUUCCGGAAUCAUGUACUUAAACUGUAUUCCGGAAUCUUCAGUUUAAAAGGAAUUGCUGAACCGUCUACUUGCAUCGCAAUCCGGGAUUUUUUUUUUUUUUAAUCGAGGAGUCUAAUGUUUAAAUUGCCUUCCAGAAAUUUUUUUUUUAUAAAUGCCAUUCCACAAAUCCUUUUCCGCGGCGUUCCAGAAUCUGCUCUUUAAAUGGCAUUCCAGAAUCAUGUUUUUUUUUAUUAAAAAAAAAAAAGAGAGAUUAUUAUUCUGUUUGAAAGAAACUCCAAAAUAAUUUUUAUAAUGCAGCUGUGGAAUCAUCUGCUUAGGAGGUGGGUUUCCAAAAUUAUCACCUUUAGUAGCAUUCCGGAGCCUUCAGUUUAAAAGGCAUUCUGGAAUUAUCUAUUUAACCGGCAUUCCGGAAUCUUGUGUUUAAUUGGGGGUUUCUCUAACAUCCUGUUUAAAUGGCUUUCAGGAUUUAUGUUGCUUACCGGCAUAUCCUGUUCCUGAAAUCCUUUCUUAAUAUUCUGUUUAAAAGUGGCUUUCCGGAAUCUUUGGUUAAAUGGCAUUCCAUCAUAUCCUGUUAAAAUAACACAAAGGAAUCUUCUGCUUAGGUGGCAGUUAAUGGCAUUUCAAAAGUUUCUGUGGAAAAUUUAAAUGGAAUUUCAGAACGGUCUCCGUAAACGGGAAUUCUGGAAUCUCUUGUUUAAAUCGUAAUUCCAGACUCAUGUGUUUAAAAUGUGAUUUCUGGAAUCUUGCGUUUAAAGGGCAUUCCGGAAUCAUCUACUUAAACGGCAUUCUGGAAUCUUCUUUUUGGACGUCAUGCCGGAAUCUUUAGUUUGAAUGGCAUGCUGAGUGUGUUUCCUGACUCUGAUUGUGUGCCUAAUCCGCAACCGCCUUGCGCUUUUCCACCACAAAAGAACCGGUUCUUAGCCGGCAAACUCAGUUCGGUUCCAACGGCAACAAAAACCGCAGGACUGAAGCCGAGGAACCAGUGACAUCACAGGCUAGAGGGCGGGGUCAUCUUGCUGCCAUGACAACAAUUUAAAACAAAGCAACUCGCCUUGUUUACGGGACCGGAUUCAGAAACGAGCAGAGAGGAAUGUUUUGGAGAUCAUUUUUUGGAAAACAGUGAAGUCAGUAGCACGGCUGUGAAUCAGUGACCCGUGGAUGAAUUGCUCGACAACAAACUGAACACAACUGAAUAUUUUACCAUCGUUGCUAUUGCUAACAAAACUUCGUUUGAGCAGCUAUACGUUAAAAAUAAAAACAAUCAAGUGUUGACGUUGUCUAUCUCUGUGCUGUGUAUAGAAGCUGAAUGCUCAGAUGGUAAAAUGUGUUCGCAAAUCCAGAAGUAAAACAAGAUAUUAAGUUAAACAAACGACGUGACCUUUCACAGUUGUUAUUAUUUUUACGAUUUAUUUUGUAACCACGUCAUGUUACGUAUUUGUUCUGAAACUUGUUGAAAUAUAGACUGGUUCUUGAAAAGGUAACAUGGAGUCCACAUGUACAUGGGUUUAAAGGGGAAAAAAACAAAUAUGUUUCAUUUAACAAUGAGUAAAAAUGGUACUAAAGUACAUUUUAAACAAAAAUUUAUCGUACGAGGGCUGGUCCGAAUAAUUUAAAUACUCAAGUAUUUGUUAGUUACGUUUCUUAUUCGUCUUCGGAACCUUCCUGCUCCCUGUUUGAGCACACUGUAGACGUAAUUAAAUUAUAAUUAAUUCAAAUAUCGGUUUCUCCUCCCUGUUUAGCCCACGAUACGUUCCAAUUGUGAGUAUUUCGGGAUUUAACUAAACAUCCGAGUAGAUGAUCAUGUGACCUAAAUCAUGUGCUAGUUUAUAACUAUUGAUCAAAGAGUUAAUCUAAUGCAAAAAAUAAUUUUACACCAAAUGAAAUGUAUUCUUGCUUAAAAAGCAGCAGAAUGAAAACAGCUAUAAUUUCAGGGGACUGAAGUCGGAUGCACAAGCUGAACACCUACAACAGUUAAACUGUUGAACUUUUACCUUAUUUUAUUUGUCAUUGUUGCUACGGAAAUGACUCGAUUCUCACAACGUAGGUGGGUUUUUAAAAGCCCAGAAAGCAAACGGAUGUGAUAUUGUGGUUUAUUAUUUUCUUUUUGUUUGCACAGUAAUAAAAAGUUGUUGCAAAGAUUACACGUUAUUUCAUUUGCACUAUCAGCGCUAUACAGUACACUGUUAAUACAUCGUCGCUUCUACUGGAUAUAUUUUGAACUGCAAUUACCAAAAUACUAACAUGUUGUUAUUGUUUUAAUUAUUAUCAUUAUUAUUAUUACUCAAAAAUACCAAUGAAUAUUUAAAGAAUGUAAAACGGUGUUCGGGCCAGCCCUACAUCUUUGUCAUGCAAAUAAACCUAAACAUCUACACCUAAUCUAUUCUUAAUAAUGUCUGAGAUGUCUGAAAAGCCUCCACCAGGGGGCGCUGUGGAUUCUCACCACAGACUCGGAUUCAGUUUCACCGAAAUAAUGAAAUGAAACAGAUUGAUGUGAAUGUUGUAGGAAGUACAGUGAGGUGUAGUACUGUGAUAAACUACGACACCUAUUUAGAUUACAAUCCGAGGACGUGAUCGCGUGUUUACUGACGUGUGAAACAGAACCCAGUUAGUGAAAUAAAACCGUCAGUAGUUCAGUAGAAGAAAAUACGUUUAUGAUGAAAUCGUGCAGAGGAAAUUUUUUGCUACAGUAUGUAAAGAGAGAAAUAUGGAACAUUUUUGUGCCUUUUUUAGUGCUAAUGGAAAACAAGAGCAAGAACAAAGUCAUGCAUCACACACACACACACACACUCACACGCGCGGUGUAUAUCAGUGUUAGCGGUAUGUUUUUAAAAGCAGUAGUCCAGAAUAACAGCACUUACUUCCUUCCUCUGAUACAGAAACGGUCCCCGUUAAGACUAAAACCUGAAAGUGUGUUUACUUCUGGAAGUUGAUUCUUAUGGAUCUGAAUCGAUUUUUUUUUCUUUGCUGAUCAGUUUUAGCCGUUGAGAUCACUCGCAAAACACACUUGAUGACACCACUGGCGUAACGAAUGGGACAAUCGUCCUCAUGAAGUAAUUCUGAGACCUUUACUAGGCCCGAUAUUUAUUCUGGAUCAGGGUGAUACUUCGUACCAAAUUUUACUAAAUUAUUAGUAGCUAAGGAUGUGCUCAGGCAGCGAAUCGAAUGAGUGCGUGAUACACAAAGUCAUAUUAACAUACUGUAUAAUAUUGCAUAAAGAAAUGCUUUGGAAAUUUGAUCUACAUCCUUAUGAGUGUAUACUACAAAUGUGAUCAAAUCAUUUCAGUGUUUUUAAGGGGCGUGUUUAAGCGUUUCCGAACAUCGCUUUGUUUAUCAAGCAGAGGAAUUCAUACUGAAACACUUUCACCAUCGGGACUUUUGAUAAAUAAAUAUAUGAAUAUAUAGUUCACUCUGUCCAGUUUGUGUGUUUCUUUUGAAUUUUUUUUUUUUUUAAAAAAACAUUUUUAAACAGUCAUGAAGUUACAGAAAUGGUGUUCUGGGACAAAAAGGAUUUUGCAGCAGAAUAUAUUGGAUAUUUUGAAAA